AUGGAUAUUAAUCCCGUAUCAAAACAUAAAACUCAACCAUUACCUUAUGCUUGUCAUAUUGAUAAUAAAGUUUAUGACUAUCAUCCGUUUAUAGAUGUCGAUGAAGAUGAACUUGAAGCUGAAUCUUCUUCUUCUACUUCUCCAAGAAGUCCUAAAAGAGCUAAAUCUAUAAGUUGCUUUAGUAAUUAUUAUCCUGGUGUUAAUAAUAAUGGUGGUUCAAAAUCAUCUAGAUAUACUGGUAAUAACUCAUCCUUGAAAAGACGUUUGAAAUCUAUCUGUGUUCCAUCAACUUCAACUAAUGCUUCUACUAUUCAAACUAAUUUCUCAUUACAAGAACGGGAAUUUUCAUUUGAUUCUCAUUCUGUACCUUCAUCAACCAAUAAUUCCGAUAUAUCAGAUUUAGAAUCCUUACCAGAUUUAACUGAAGAUGAAUAUUCUCCAUUUUCAACACCAAUAAAGAAGGUUCCAUUAAUUAAUAAUUUCAUAACUCAUGAAGAUGAAGCUGAUAAAACUAGAACUAAUUUAUUUUCAAAAUUAUUACUUGCUCAAUCCAAACCAUCUAUAUUUGAAAUUCCAGAAUUAGUAUAUAGAAUUAUGGAAUUUGUUGAUGUUCAAAAUACCAUUAUUCCUCAAGAACCAACUCCAAUGAGACGGAAACCAUUAAGUUAUAAUCAUGCUUUUUUAAUCCAUGGUAAUAAAGAAACAGCUGAAAUGUCAAUGAAACAAUCUAUAAUCAUGGAUAAUAUUGAAGAUGAACAUAAAAAGACCCAUAAAGGUACUUUAUUCAAUUGUCUUUUGGUUAAUAGAUUAUUUUAUCAAGUUACUCGAGAAAUCAUGUCUAAGAAGAUGGUUUUCAAUGAUGCUAAAAAAUAUGGUCAAUUUAUUCAAAGUUUACAACAUCGUAAUUUUCAAUAUAAACCAGAAAUUUUCGUGUUACAUAAAUUAUUCCAUAUAAAACAAGGUACAUUUGAUUAUUUAAAGGAUCAUAUUAAUUUUGAAAAAUUACAAUGGUUAGAGAUUUAUAUGUGUCCAAAAGUAUUACCUCCAAUUGAAUUCUUUAAAACUGGCGGUAAAAAUUUACGGAAAUUAAUUUUGACGGGUUCAAAAAUAAUUGAUGAUGAUUUUUUAAUUAUGAUUAGUGAAAAUUGUCCAAAUUUAGAAGUAUUGGAUAUUAGAGCUUGUGAAUUGGUUAGUGAUAUUGGAAUUUAUUCUAUUGGAAAUAAAUGUCAUAAAUUAACUAAUAUUAAUUUUGGUAGAAAACAAAAAGGUCAUUUAAUUACUGAUACAAGUUUAUCUAAAUUAAUUUCAAAUAAUAAAAAUCUAUCAACCGUUGGUUUAGCAGGAUGUCAUAUUAGUGAUAAAACCAUUUGGGAAUUGGCUAUUCAUUGUAGUCAUUCCUUAGAAAGAUUAUCAUUAAAUAAUUGUCCAUUAUUACUGAAUCAAUCCAUACCAUUAAUAUUGGCCAGUAAUAGAAACCAUAAUAACAAUAACAACCCUUAUACCAAUUACUACACUCAUCAACAACAUAACAAUGGAUUGAUACUUACUACUAAUAAUAAUGUGGAAAACAUAGCGCCAUCACCACCAUCAUAUUUUCAAAAUCUUUCUGUGUUGGAAUUAAGAUAUAAUUAUCAAAUAAGUUCAUGGCAACCAAUAAUUGAUUUUAAACGAAGACAAGAAUUUAGAGGUAUAACGUUGUUAUUAGAAUUAUGUGAGACUUUAUUGUUAAGAAUGAGACAACAAGAAUUAGAAAUGGAUAAGACUAUUUCUCAACGGAUAUUCAAUGAUAUUUUAGAAUGGGCCAAUGACGAGAAUGAUGGUGAUAGUCUGUUUCAAGAUUUACUCAGAAAUAGAUGA